AUGUUCAAAUUCGCUGCUCUCAUUCUUGCUGUUGCUGGGUGCGCCAUGGCUAAGCCUGGUCUAUUGGCCCCCGUGGCUCCUCUUGCUUACACCGCCCCCGCUGCUCUUGUGGCUGCACCAGCUCCAGUCGUGACAGCAACAAGCAGCCAAGUGUUUGCCAGGAACUACAAUGGAAUCGCCACAGCUCCAGUCAUUGCUCCUGCCCCAGUGAUCGCCAAAUACACCGUUCCAGCUCCAUUGGCUGCACCACUUGCUGCCCCACUUGCUGCCCCACUUGCUGCCCCACUUGCUUAUGCUGCUCCUGCUCCUCUUGCGUACACCGCGCCCUUAAGCUAUGCUGCAUCUCCACUCUUCCUGUAA